AGAAUACAAUCGAUGCGUCUGUGAGUGUCUCCCGUCACGAACCGUCCUUCAGUUGAAAGUGAACCACCAUGAGGAACUACGUGCCAGACAUAAUCAUUUUGUUUAUCAUAAUCGUAACGAUUACAAUCGUUCGAUUAGUGUCACAAAUUCUUCAUGAAACGCUCAGUGAUGGACCAAUACUCGUCCCGCCACCGGCCGAACCCAUCGUACCAAAGCCAGAACUGUCCCUCAGCCAGCUUAUCGAUCAGAAAUCGAAAGAGUACUCAUGGCUGCUCCGGUUGUCGGUGAACCUGUUCGGCUAUCUUUGCAUCUUUGUCCCGGGCGUGUUGAUCUACAAGUAUGCCAAGCGCACCAAGUACAUGGAACGCUCGGAACGGUCGCAUCUUUCCGCCCUGGUAAAGUUUUGUUUCUCUGGCUCCGGCACGGAUAGUCUCGAUCGGCCGCUAGAUGGUCAGUCCGGCAGCUCGAAAGGAGCGGCCAGCAAACGCACAACGGCACAGGAAUGUGUGCUGCUCGGGUACUGUCUCGUCGGGCUGAUGGGAUCAUACCUUACCUGGGGCGUGCUGCAGGAGAAAAUCAUGACCCAAGAGUACGAAGGACCGGAAAAGCGCAAAUCCCAUUUCAAAGAUUCCCAGUUUCUGGUGUUCUCAAACCGGGUGCUCGGUUUCCUGAUUACGGCCGUUUAUCUGGUCGUCAAGCGCCAAUUUCGACACCGUGCCCCACUGUACAAGUACUCCUUUGCUUCGUUUUCCAACAUUAUGAGCGCCUGGUUUCAGUACGAAGCGCUCAAGUUUGUCAACUUCCCCACGCAAGUGUUGGCCAAAUCGUGCAAAAUCAUUCCGGUGAUGAUCAUGGGGAAAAUUAUUUCGCGCAACAAGUACGAAUUUUACGAAUAUCUGACGGCGGUUAUGAUCUCCGUCGGUAUGAUCUUUUUCCUGACCGGGUCGACCGAUGAAUCGAAAUCGACCGCCAUGACGACGCUGACCGGCGUGCUGCUACUUACGUUCUACAUGAUCUUCGACAGCUUCACGUCUAACUGGCAGGGCGAGCUGUUUAAAUCCUACUCGAUGUCCUCCAUCCAGAUGAUGUGCGGGGUGAAUCUGUUCAGCACCCUGUUCACCGGGGCGUCCCUUGCGAUGCAGGGCGGAUUCUACAGUUCGCUUGUGUUUGCCGUCGAUCAUCCGAAGUUUGUGAUCGACUGUAUCGUGCUGUCCAUCUCGUCCGCGAUCGGGCAACUGUUUAUCUUCUACACGAUCGCCACAUUCGGUGCGGUGGUAUUUACGAUCAUCAUGACACUGCGGCAGGCCAUCGCGAUUCUGCUGUCCUGCCUGAUCUAUCAGCACCGGAUCUCGUUCCUUGGCGUGAUCGGUGUGCUAAUCGUGUUUCUCGCCAUCUUCCUGCGGGUGUACUGUAACCAGCGGCUAAAGGCAAUCAAGCAGCGGCAUCAAACCACGGCGACCGGUAGCGGCAAACCACGCAUCAAUGUGUAG